UUUUCAAAAAAAGCGAAAAACAUUGUGAGCAAUAGGAAAAACAAUUAAACACGCGGCGUCGGUGCGGAAAAACCAACAACAACAUAAAAAUACAUAAAGAACUUUCAAGAAAUUGAAAGAACUUGCAACGAAUGCAAAAACCGCUACAACGGUACUGAGGCAGGUACAUAAGCGCCAACGGGCGUCACACACACAUACAUACAAGAAGAGUUCCAAAAAAUGGCAGCGUAUUUACCCCGGCCCGAAGAUGACCUCCAACAAGGCAGGGAGAGGCGGCAGCGAGAUGAUCGAAGAGCGGAACCCCGGCCGCAAAGAAAUCUGUCUCGGAAUCGUGGCUGCGACCGCGAUCAUGUAGAUCGGCGCGGAAGACCCACAUUCUGGCAGUACUCUUGCGGCCUCUGUCAAGAUGAUCAUGCGUUAAGUACGUGCCGCCGAUUCCGAGACCAGACCCCAUAUCAGCGAUAUGAAACGGUGGAACGCCGCGGGUAUUGCCGAAAUUGCUUGGCGCGCAGCCAUCUCGCUCCCGAUUGUCAGUCCAUCGCAGGCUGCCGUCGGUGUGACGUAAGACAUCACACACUGUUACAUGGGGCACCGCAGCUAGAGCAUAUGGAGAGACCCGCAGAUGACUUUAGACCCGUCCAUGAUGUCAGACCCGCUAGUAAUGCCAGACACGCACCAAUAGCAUCCCCACCUUUCAGGUGGGAUCUUGUGUUUGUUCCAACAGCCAUGGUACGCAUAGCGGAGGACGGAGUUGAUACCUGGGCUACCAUUCGGGCAUUGGUAAAUCAGUCAUCAACCAUGUCUCGAAUAGCCUACUCCACAUUCCGUCGACUUGAUCUCCGCUCCUUUACCUACCAGGGCAACAGGUUUACGACCUUUCGGCUGAUGCACCGCAAUCCAAACAGCACCUGGGCACUUAAAAUUAAUGCACUGAUCACGGAGGCAUUACCAUUCCGACCCUACUCAGACCCACUCCUAGAUGACCCGACCCGGGAUCUUGCUCAGGACACUUUGGCCGACCCAGACCCUCGAGCCAACACAUCAGUAGAUUUGGAGUUGGGAGGUGAUGUUUACCCAAGACUACAAAGAGAUGGCCAUGUCUUCUCUGGCAUAGGAGAUGUCAAUGCGUUCCAGACCACUCUUGGCUAUGUCUUUGUUGGCCCCAUCCGGAAUAUGCCUAGACACUAAGCUAGCACUUUAGAAGAAUAUACACUUGUCACGGGGGGCGAGAAUGUUUAGGGUAGUCCUAAACUUUUUUCGUCGACUGUAGUCCUAUUUUAAAUUUCAGCACUGUAGCUAGCGGACCAACCAUCAUAUGAACAUACACACACGCACAUGUACGUGUGCGGGCGGCCGCUGGCUACAGGUGCUUUGUUGUUAUUUUUCGCUGAAUUCCAAUGACAACAGGAGGCUGCGGGUGUCAUCAACUGCAGACUUUUUUUAAUGUUUCGUUGACCAUUAAUUCGUUCGCCUCGCUUACCUCCCGUGACAGUGUUACAAGUAAAAGAAAAGAAAACAACAACACACAUGUACAUAAAAGAAAAAAUGAGUGCAUUGAACUAAAGAAGUAAAUAGGAAGUGAAGUUAAAUGAAGCACAAAAGUAAUAGCUGCAUCUAAAGUUAAGUUACAAAAAAACAUAAGUGUAAAUUUUCCUAAAUAAAAGUGAAAGUUGUAAAGUACCAAUAUUGCACAUUACCUUGAAAAUACCUACCUGUGUAACCAAUACUUACCGCCUAGAAAGAAAGAUAUUGUCAUAUAUAUACUUACCCUAAAUGUGAUUUAACUUAAAAGAUUUGAACCCUAAAAUUUACCUUAAUUGCUAUACUUACCUUGAAAUUGUGAACAUAAAAAAAGUCUAUACACAUAACCUAUAUACAUAUAUACAUAACCUAUAUUGCGCUAUACCCACUGUGAAAAAUACAUAGCAAAAACCAAUAAAACAAAACUGAAAUUUGAGUUGAAA